AAAGAAACCCCUGUGGAGAGAAAGUGCACUGAGAAAGUGUUUAUUCCCGGUCGCAUGGGGGGGCCUGACUCACGGGGCGAGUUUAACAGGGUCACCGUAAGACACGGUGCUGCCAUAUAAAGGCACCGAAGGCCGUCUUGUGCCGAUCUGUGGACUUGCGGGUUGAGCAAUGAACUGGGAGGAGGACAGCGGCUGACGGACGGACAGACAGACCGACCACUGGAGGGAGGGACAGGAGAGACGGGGGCGCAGGGAGCAGGAGAGACGGAGCAGGACGAGUGAAGACAGCUGGAGACAUUCCUGUCAUGUGAAGAUCAGCACCAAUCGAACCUAUUGGAGGAAACAUGGAUUGAGUGGCUGGGGGGGUUUUGGUGCAGAAGAGGAGGCCCCCGUGGGGGCAGGGCAUCCCAGGAGGUCGGCAUGGGCGUGAAAGGCCGUGCGGCUCUUGCCGUCACCGUGCUCCUGUUCGUCCUCGGCUCCAUGUGGCUGCGACUGACCCCCCAUCGAGGUUUCGAACCUUCCUCACGGCUGUCUGACAAUCCAGACGGGGGCCUGGAUCAUCACUUGAGACCUUGUCUGAACAGCUACGUACAAGUUCACCUGCCCGGCAACGUGUCUGAUGGCAGGGUCGCAGGGGUCAUUGAGGAGGACACAGACAGCUUCACUCUGAGCGAAUGCCCCGGCCAGGAAUUCCAGGUGUCCCGGCUACUGUCCCACCUACGGGCCGCAGCGACCCCUGACUCCGACGUCCUGAUUUCGCCCUACCUCUCCAGCUGGGACGAGCUGAUCAAGUUCCUAAAUGCGCUGGGCCCCAUGGUGGGCCUCAUCUCCCAAGAGAUCGAGGGCAAAACCGGCAUCAUCCGGGAGCUGGCCCGUCGGGAGGAGGAGGAGCCAGAGGGGAUGAGGGAGGCAGGCAGCGACCGCCUCCACUUUGAGAUGGACAAGGACAGGAGUGACACAAUCCGCAGCGAGGGCAGUGAGUCCUACCGGUCAGUGCGCUCCAUGAUCAAAGCGGAGCUCCACCUCGGACUGGUCAACUUCCAGGAGCAGACGGACUCGGGUUGCCGCACACUGCUCAGACUCCACCGCGCUCUCCUCUGGCUCCAGCUCUUCCUGCAGAAGCUGGGCGAGAGCCCCACGCCCGGGGAUCGGCUCCAGAGCCCUUCGGAAUUGUGCCGCGAAGCCUACAGGGAGACCCUGGCGCAGCAUCACAGCUGGCUCGUCCGUCGCGCUGCUGAGAUGGCUUUCGUGGCCAUGCCGGACAGGAGCUACUUCUUCAGGCUGGUGUGCGCCCAGGACCAGAAGGGGGCGACGCUCGUGCUGAGAAAAGUGGUCAGGGCCAUUGGGGAGGUGUACACCCGCACAGAGCGGGCCUUGGAGGAGCAUGGCAUGUUGAAUUUGCCCUAGAGAAUCAGUUGGGGAAGGAUUGUUGGGUGUUAGAAAUCGCUCGGAUGUGACACGCUAUUGCUGGCCAUGUGAUCGGCGCUACAACCCUAUAUGUGAUACUCUCUAUAUGGCACAUCAGGCACGGGCACAUGCCGGUGGGUCUGUUGGAAUCCCAAAGUGCUGCCGCAGGGGGUCACAGCAGUCAGUGAGGACCACAGAAAACAGUUGAGGACCAUAGCUGGAUGUGGCACAGGGGGUCCGGUGGUUAAGCACUAUUGGAAAAGCACAGGUGACAGUAUUACAUGUAGGACAGGUUUUCCUGCCACAGCGACGGCCCUUUUUACACUGCCAUUCUAUCUCAGCCAAGCUCCUAAUUAAUUUGCACUACUUGCUGCUGACUGAAUAACUUAAUGGGCUCGAACUUCACAGGUCCAGGAGCACAGGUGAAGGACUCGACACCCUUUUGUGGUCAUGUAAGAUCAAACAGUCUCCACAAUUUCUCCACAAUUUCACACAAUUUCAGCUGAACUCAGUUUAAAGUACCCAUCCAUCCAUUUUCAGUAACCGCUUAUCCUGAGCAGGGUCGCAGUCAGCAGGAGCUUAUCCCUGAAGCAUUGGUUGCAAGGCUGAGGGGGCGGUAUGGCAGUCCACCACAGAGUAGCCAGACACACACAGUUAAUCUCCCAUUCACACAUUAAGGGCCAUUCAAUGUUACCGGUUCACCUGAACCGCAUGUCUUGGGACUGUGGGCGGAAACCAGAGCGCCCAGAGGUGGGGAGAACAUGUAA